AAUCCGUUACUGAAUCACUGAGGAAGGUUUAAGUUAGCCCGCUUUAGAUUUGGUUCUCAUACCCAAUCUCUUCACUCAACACAUUCGGAACAAUAGAACCGCACUGACUAUGUGACUUUUGAUCUCUCUCUCACUCUCACGCACACACAAACACGCGCGUGCACGCAGACACAGAUGCACAAGCACACAGGCAUACGUACACACAGUGGGGGAAAGAUGCUCUUUACCAGGGAUGGCGGCGACUGUACGAAGACUGGACACGUCUGUCUGCCUCGGGGUGUUAACAACAGAGCCGCUGCUGCCUGAUUUCGGCUGGAUUGGGUAAAAGGGAUGAGAGCCAGCUCCGUCUUCGAUCCGCCUCGGCAUUGAUGCCGUCUUCGCCACAAGACCCGAAAAGAAAAACAACAGCCCCUCAACCUGCCUGCCCGACCUAUUUAAAAAAGAGUACGGCGCGGAAAAUUGUUUAAUUAGCCUAAUAGCCAAACAAACAUAGUCUGUUACAAAUUAAUGAACGAAUUAAAUAAUUAAUGUGUUGAAUAUUUAAUUAAUAAAGCGGGGGUAUCUCCAUUUCCAACGACUUGUUACAGGGGCACACCGGGACAGAACCGUGACACCCUGCAGUUCGCUGUCCUUCGACCUUGCCAGGGUUUUAUGAUUUUUUCCCCCCUAGCGCUAUGGAGUAAACAUUAAUCGUUGCGCCGUUGAAGCCGAAAAGGCCACCUUCUGUUGCAUAGUUUCGACCGUAUAACCGCCGCUGGCCGCAGCACUGAACUCAACACAGCAGUAGGCUACUUGGUUCGCUGGGUCCAAUCGCCGCAUCGCCGGGCGGGGAAGAGCCGCAGGUGCGUUAGUGAGCGGAGAGAAAAAACCGGGCCACCCCACCUUAUGCCCCGUAAGAUCAUACCCCGAGCUGGCGAGCACAGACGGACGGAGGGUCGCACACAGCGAGGAAGCCUCCGUGAGGCGCAUUUUUCGGAACUGUGUUCGCCUUGAGUCAACGGGAUCCGUUGACUAGAAGCGGGGAGAGAGGAGAAGGAACCGCGAGUUUGGAAGUUUUGGCGCAUAUGAUCGCAACCACCAUGAUCUUUAUGAUUAUUGGGGCUUCUGUUGUUAUGGCGAUAGCGUGUUUAAUGGACAUGAACGCGCUACUGGAUCGCUUUCACAACUAUAUCUUACCGCAUUUACGAGGGGAGGAUCGCGUCUGUCAUUGCAACUGUGGAAGGCACCAUGUGCACUACGUCAUCCCGUAUGACGGGGACCAGUCCCUGAUGGACUCCUCGGAGAACUACUUCGUGAGUGACAGCGUGACCAAGCAGGAGAUGGACCUGAUGCUGGGGCUGAUGCUGGGCUUCUGCAUCAGCUGGCUCCUCCUCUGGCUGGAGGGGGUACUGCAGUGCGCCCUGAGGGCCUGGAAGGCCAGCCCCCGCCAGUAUGACGGCCCGUCCUGGGCGUGGCUUCCCCGGUUCUGUAACCUGCGGGAGCUGCGCAGACGGCUGCAGCUGCGCAGACGGCUGCAGGACUCCGGCGGGAACAUGGUGCACAUCAAGCAGAAGCUCUACCACAACGGCCACCCGAGCCCCCGCCACCUCUGACCGUCACCCGCAACCCAGGCCGGCUCCGCCUUCUGCUGCUCCCGCCGAAAGCCUCAGCACCAACCGCCCCGCCCCGGCCCUCUCAGGCUCCGCCCCAGGUCACCCUAGCCCCGCCCCGGCCCACUCAGGCUCCGCCCCAGGUCACCCUAGCCCCGCCCUAGCCCACUCAGGCUCUGCCCCAGGUCACCCUGGCCCCACCAGGCUCCGCCCCAGGUCACCCUAGCCCCGCCCUGGCCCUCUCAGGCUCCGCCCCAGGUCACCCUAGCCCCGCCCCACCCUCUCAGGCUCCGCCCCAGGGCACCUAGCCCGCCCCGGCCCUCUCAGGCUCCGCCCAGGUCACCAUAGCCCCGCCCACUCAGGCUCCGCCCCAGGUCACCCUAGCCCCGCCCCGGCCCUCUCAGGCUCCGCCCCAGGUCACCCUAGCCCCGCCCUAGCCCACUCAGGCUCUGCCCCAGGUCACCCUAGCCCCGGCCCGAACCAACCCAGGUCACCUAGCCCCGCCCUAGCCACCCGCCCCGCCCCGGCCCGACCUGGCUCCACUAUAGGCCACACUAGCCCUGCCCCAGCCUAAACAGGCCCCGCCCUAGCUCACCCUAGACCCACCCCCCUUCGAGAUUGGCUACAAUUAUCCAUCCAGACACAGCUGAUGACCUGUCCAUUCCAACUCCAGCAAGAGAAAGAAUAUUUUUUUAUUAACUAAGCGCCCCCACAAAAGCAUCCACUGUACGUGGGAUCCAUUUUUAAGAGGGUGUCGUCUGGACAGAGAAGUUGUUGAAACGCUUUCCAUGCCGAGAGGACAGGGAUUUGGGUGCUUUUGAGGCACGAAUGGGGAGGAUUAUUUUGUGUGCACAAAAUGUGUUCAGGGGUGGGUGGGUUUCAGGGUUUUGAGAUUAGGCAGUUGGGAGACUGCCACUUAUGUAAAUAGAUAUAAAUAUGGGUUCGUGGGAACUAACAGGAGGAAGAUGCCGGAGGAGAGAGACAAGCCUGCAGAGGCGAAGAGCAGAACAGACGGAAAAUUUUCAACAAAAAAAAAUUUCAUUUUAGCGAAACGAAACGGAUCGGAGGAGAAAUGAGAGUAGACGUGAUCGCAGUACAGACUAAAUUAGCUUUGUUUCUUAGUGACUUUGAUGAUGAAUGUAGUAAUUUUACCUGUAAAUACUUGAGGGGAGGGGGGAGGGGGUGGGUAAGAAUUAAGUUGUGGUUGCGGUGCUCGUGUUGUACUGUUCUGAGGGUUCGUGAUGUAUUCGUAGAGGAAGUGACACAACGGUAUAGGAACAGCACAGAGGGCCGAGGAGGAAGAACGUUUGGCCUGCCGUACCUUGCGGUGUCCAGGGGCUUGAAAUAACCUGCUCAGCAGGUGCACUCAAGCCUGCCAAGUAGAGAGGUGUUUGAACCCCCUCCCCCCUCCUCGUCCAGACAUUGCUGUUGUGAAGAUAAAAUGUCUGUUUUAAAUAAAAGUGCCACUGAAGCACCACAGUGA